AUGACAAAGGGACAAACCAUAGAGGAAAUUGACAGACAACUCUGCAUUGCUUAUGAAGAAGACAUGUCUGAAGUUGGAUUGGAUGACGAACAACACAGCCCUAUUGGACAUAACCUUGGGAUUCCACACGAGCAGAGCGAGAUAGUAACUCCUAACCAGACACCUCAGCAGCUACAAUGGCAACCGCCAAACAUUGAGCAACUUGUAAACAAUGACCUUUCUCAGCAUCCAACUUCAAUGAAUGUUGUAUCACUUACUCCGAGCAUGACAGUUGAAGAGACACAAACACAGCCAUGCAACAAAAGAAAGACACUAAAGAGGAAGAGGAUACAAAAUGAUACACAAAUUUUGACACCUAGUGCAUCGAUUGAUCAAAUAGAAGUUGGCAUUUUAUUCAAAGACAAAGAUACCGUGAAAAAGUGCAUGAAUAACAUUGCAAUUACUCGUCAUCAACAGUACAAGGUAGAAAAUUCAUGCACGCAACGUUCAAGGUUCAGAGGAUCAGAACUUUUCAAAGUAGUUAACUUUGAAAAGAGACAUAGUUGUUCAAUAAAUUUCAUCACCUCUGACACGAGGAAUGCAACUUCAAAAGUCAUAGCGGAAUACAUUACAGACCUAGUACGCCAUACACUACAAGAGAUAACACCCAAAUUUGUCAUUGAAGAAAUGAGAAGCAGAUAUGGCUUGCACAUUGGCUACCACAAAGCAUGGCGUUACCUCCAACACGCUUAUAAUGUCAUAAGAGGAAGCCCAAAAAAUAACUACACACUUCUACCGCAAUAUCUUCACAUGAUGAAAUUAAGAAAUCCACGAACAGUUGCUAACAUCAAAUGGACCGCUGAAAAUAAGUUUAAGUAUGCUUUUUUCGCUUAUGGAGCAUCAAUUGAGGGUUGGAAACACGGCAGACCAGUAAUGAUGGUGGAUGCAACCUUCUUGAAAUCAAAAUAUCGUGGUGUGCUCAUGAUAGCAGUAGCAAAAGAUGGAAACAACAGCAUAUUUCCUCUCGCAUUUGGUAUUUCAAACUCUGAGAAUAAUGAAUCCUACAGGUGGUUCUUCAGACACGUGAAAAAGGUGUUUGGCACGCGCAAAGACCUACCAAUUCUUUCCGAUCGCCACGCAUCAAUUGCAACUGCAAUCAAAGAACUGUAUCCAAAUACCCAGCAUGGAAUAUGCAUCUACCACAUGGAGAAGAACUUGCAGAAAUAUUUCCCAUCCGAAGCGAUCCUAUCACUAUUCUACAAUGCAGCAACUACCUACAAACAGGCAGAGUUUCGUACCUAUAUGUCACAGAUACAACAAAUCGACCCAAAAGCUGCAGAAUACAUAAAAGAAGAACCACCGGAAAGAUGGGCACGUUCAUUCCACACCAACAGGCGUUACAACAUGCUUACAACAAACAAUGUCGAGACAAUGAAUUCUGUAUUGAGGAAAGCAAGGGAGUUGCCAAUAAUGACAUGUAUGGAUUACAUCCAGAACAAGCUGCAAAAUUGGUAUAACAGUUUUUGCUGGGAAAACAAAAUUGGUAUCUCAAAGACUACAUCCUGA